AUGUUUUUAAAAGAUCAAGCAAAUGAAAGCUCGAAAACUCCUUAUGAAAUUGGAUCGUCUUCACCUUCGUCAAGUGAAUCGUGUUCAGAAUCAGCCAAAGAUUUAAUAACACAAUUAACAGUUGAACAUGUUAAAAACUGGCUUCGACAAACAAGAUUUCAUCAUUUAGCUGCAACAUGGUUUACAAUCAACGUCAAUGGCAAAGAAUUGCUUCAGAUAAGCAAGACGGGAAGUUUAACAAAUGAUACAUCCAUGUUAUCUAGAUAUGAAUUAAUACAGUUUAAAGAUAUUUUAAAUCGUUUUGGUUUUAAACUAGAACUUGAAUGA